AUGUAUAACGGGUCGUGUACUCUUGAUAUCUCUAUAUUUAUUUCUUUAAGCCAAGCCCCAUUCGCAUAUCAUUUUUUGAGUAUUGGAAACCUUCUCUGUUCAUUAACAGCUAUAACGGGGAAUGCCAUAAUUUUGCUUGCCCUCCGACGCUGCUCUUCACUUCAUCCGUCAUCCAAAGCUCUCUUCUCCAGCCUGGCACUAUCUGACUUUGGUGUGGGUCUUGUUGCUCAACCACUGUUUGCUGCAUACACGUUCGCCAUAGCAUGGGAUAAUCCCAGACUAUUCUGUAUUAUUGGUUUACCUUACAGUUUGUUUUCUUCUUUCCUGGGUCUUGUGUCCUUCUGUACAAUCUCAGUAGUAGCUCUAGACAGACAUCUUGCUUUGAUUCUUCGAUUCAGGUAUCGUAAAAUUGUCACUGUCAAGCGAAUAACUUUGAUUCUUAUGGUAGCUUGGUUUUUGUCCGCCUUCUUCACUGUAUCCCGAAUCUUUAGCAUCAAUCUACGACGUAUAGCUAGUAACUUGAUGUUGGUUUCCUGUCUUCUGCUUGCCUUAUUUUUCUAUCUCAAGACAUACAUCAACCUCCGUCAGCAUAAACUCAGAAUGGAGAGUUCUUUUAGCGUUUUCUACUAUCGCAAAUCAACCAACAGCAUGUUCAUUGUUUUUUGCCUAUUUUUGAGUACUUAUCUACCUUUCGUAUUUGCUUUAGUUGUUGCUACGGCCUUUGGCUUCAGCAGUUUUCCCCAGCUUUUUGCGCUCGAUAUCACUUCGUUUCUCGCUUUGUUAAAUUCGUCUCUUAACCCAGUGGUUUAUUGUUGGAGGAUCAAAGAAAUUCAAAGGGAGGCAAAGCAUUUGAUCCGUAACAGCCAUUCAUGUUAUUCCAUCAUCCUGGGUAGAUUUUUCCAAAGCCGUGUCAUGCCAUUAAACACUUCACAGGGAGUCCAGCCUGUAUAG